CGUCGGGAAUCUUUUGAAUUCAUUCCCGAAGCACGAACAAUACCAGCCGAAACACCACCUGUGAUUGUUUCGCACCUACAACCAGCAACCUUCCGAGCAGGUGAACCGCUAAAACUACGCUGUCGUGUUGACGGCUUACCUCGACCAGAUGUAGUUUGGACAAAGGAUGAAAUUCAAAUUGAGCAAUGGGUGAUGGAAAAAGAAAUCAUCACUCAUUAUUACCCGGAUGGUACCUGCGAGUUGAUCAAUCCGGAAUGUGCUCUGGAAGAUGCCGGUAUCUAUCAACUAACUGCUCGUAAUGUGCACGGCACUGCUGAAACUUCUGCGUACAUUCAAGUGCAGGGAACUGAAACAAUAACAACAGUUGAAGAGACGACUGGUGAAUUUCGGUACGAUGUCAGACAGUUACCACUGAAACCUCGAUUUAGUGAGGUUUUGUCCAGGCAGUAUGAGCACGAAACAGUGGUGAGCUGUCUGGUGCUGAGCGAUGUACCGGUCCAAGUGACAUGGUUUAAGGAUGGGAAGCGACUGCUUCCGUCCUAUAAGCACAGAAUGGAAAGCCGCGGUAAUAUGCACAUCUUAACGAUUUGCGAUGUUGACAAGCUCGACGAAGGAUUUUACACGUGCCAAGCCGAAAAUCGGUAUGGCAACGAGCAGACAAGUAUUUAUGUCCGGGCUCCUGUACAAACUCGAGAAGUAAGCGAGGAAAUGCUUGUUGAGGAAAGUACAGACGAAGUGGUCGGUUUUAAGGACAGAGUCGAUUAUGUCAAGAAAGUGAGAAAUUGUUUGCUUCCUCGCAUACAUUCGCACUUUAAGCUGCGCGUCUGCGCACUCCGGGGACAUCUUGAGAUAUUCAUUCAGCGCACACAAGCAAUAUCGUGAAA